CAGACAUCAGAACUGUCCCAUGAUCUGUAUGUCAACCCUGCUACAACUGAGCUGUACAGUGCUUACUUGAUAUUCCCUACAGCAUGAAGCAACUACUUUCCAAAGAGCCAUGGAUGUCACAGAAGAGUCUAUGACUUGGGAUGGUGCACAGAUGUACUGCAGAGCACACUAUGAUGAUCUGUCCACUGUCAGCAGUCAAGAUUUACAGCAACUCUCUAAUAAUGCCCAAAGUAAUUAUUGGAUUGGACUUCAAAAACUGGAUCACAAUAAAAACCUAUGGAAGUGGUCUGCUGGUGGGAUGGCAACAAUUAAUGAAUGGGACAGUGGAGAACCAAAUUUUGACUCUGAAAAAUGUGGUUAUGUCAAAAAAUCCAAUUCUAAAUUGCAUGAUCUGCGGUGCUCUGCUAGUUUACAAUUUUAUUGUAUGGAGGUCUAUGAGUUGAUCCUGGUGCAGCAGACAAACACAUGGGAAGAGGCUCUGGACUACUGCAGACAGCACUACAUUGAUCUGGCUAUUAUAAACUCUGAAAUUAUUAUGGUAGAGGCGAGAAACAAGACCAAACCAGCCCAGACAGAAGAUGUGUGGACCGGCUUGCGCUUUUUAACUGGUCAUUGGUUCUGGGUAAAUGGAGAUGAUGUUGACUAUACAGCCUGGUCUGUGGAGGGAGAUUUCCAGUGUCCUGCUAUGAAUCAGCGCUGUGGAGCUUUUGAUAGAGACAAUAAUGAUUGGAAACCCACAGAUUGUGAUCGAAGGCUCAGCUUUCUCUGUGUCAAGAGGGCAAACAUUAAUUAAGUCAAUGUUAAAUUUACUGUGCAGAUAUGUGAAGGGAAUUUCUGAAUAAUGGUGAUUGGUGACUGGUGAUUUUUAGUUUCUUUGCUUAGUUUAAAACUGCUGUACAUUAUGAUGAUAUCAAGAUUCUGCUAUUAUGUAAGGAUUUAAAGAAACAGUAGCCAGUUUUCAGUAAAAUAGCCUAUUACAAUGAAGUAAUAUACUGUAUGUCAGUAGAGUGCAGUCUCAUAUGUUGACCUGUGUAAUUUGGGUUUAUUUGAGGUGUUCCUUUCUUUGGUCACAUGGUCGUAUUAGACACUAUUCUUUGAGUGAACUUUAAGUCACUGGAUACACAGUGGUUACAUUAGUGCUAAUUAUGUCUGUGCUCUCUGUCAGGUCUGCUUUUAGGUUAAAAACAGUAGCUCUAUUUGGCAGACUAAUGAUUAUUUCUCAACAAAUCUUUGCCUCCAAAUGCAUGAAGUACUAUUAC